AUGAAUUAAAUAUAAAAGAGGUUCGCUAGGGUUUCCCUAGAUGAGGGAUAUGUUAUGGAAAUUUUCUUCGAUCAAGAUGAAUAAGUGUAUAAAAAAAUUAAAGAACUUCAUUAUGGAGAUAAUGAUGUUUUGGUAGUUAGCAAUGGAAUAGUUUGUUUUUUUAAUGAAACUUUUGCCUAAUUUAGUGAACGACUCAAAAUUAAAGAAAUCCUAUCCAUUAAGGUAAUAUCACUCUAAGACACAUAUAAUCGCUCAAAUAGUGAUAUAAAUUAAUUUCAUAGCACAGCUUUUGAGUAAUUAUAGAAUAGCUACAACCUACUAUAAAAUGAAUACAGAGAAUUAGAUAAGAAGUUUAAAUAGUCUUAAAAUGUAGUAGAAAAGAAAAAAAAUUUGAUAGAAAACCAUGCUGAGGAGCUAUAUUCAUAUAAAAGAUAAUAAAAUUGCUCUUAAAAAUAAUAAACUAAUUGGAAUUUUAAUUAUAACACAAAAAACAAUCCUGAAUUGAUAUCUGAUAUAGAAAAAAAUUUUAAUUGA